GAAAUGUGCCUGCCGGGUGUAUCCCCAGCGCAGGGUAAGGAAUACAAUAUUUCAGCGAUCUAAUUUUAUUGAAAGGGCUGACAGCCUGCUACAAGCCGUGCGGAUCUGUGCAACCCGGAGCCACCAUUAAAAUAAAAGAUCAGUCAAACAACAGAACCAAAUGGCCACAAAAUUGACCAAUGCGCCUACAACUUGUCGGGCGCUCAAGGCACUAAGAAGCUCCUCGACUGACAGUGUUACGUGACUACGUAAGUAUACUUGGACCAAUGCAAAAACGCGUGACACAAAAUGUCAGGGCAGACAGACACGACCGGGCACAUCUGCAUCACACGGGCACCCAUUAUGAGAAUGAUGACUACCACCUCGAUUUUUUUGCAUUGCGACAUUAAUUUCAGGAAUAUUAAUGCAACCAGGCCUGCAGUGACCGCCAAACGAUUCACAACCAUUGCAUGCCCAUCUUCCUGCAUUUGCUAGUAAAUAAAUAUCGGCAACAUACUUCAUGCAGCUCAACAAUAACCAUCCUCAGCCCUUAGUCAGCGUUUCGGAGCCGGCAGGUCUGGCGGGCUGCUGCAAAAGGCCCGUAGGCGGGGCCUUUUGCAGCACAUAUAUGAGUCAGACACCACAAUUUCCCCUGAAGGCUUCCUGUUCAGUGGCUUAAUUCAGAAUCUCGCGAACGCCGGAACAUUGGGACCAUGCUGCGAUUGGGUGAGCCCUCUCACCGUGCUUGCAAACCCUGAAAUCUGCGAGCGGAGGGGCUACGAGGCCAGGGUCCAAAACCCUCAAAAGUACAUUCCAUGCAACCUCUACACAACCCCUGAGCCUGCAAUACACCCAAGUGCUC